GUGAGGACAGCCUGGCAGAGUCUGCCUCCUCAGUGUUCCAGGUCUUCCGAAGCCAUGGGCACCCAAUACCUCCUGGUUCUGUUUCUUGUCCUCCUGAUACCGACAUGUGAGGUCCAGGGGGCCGACAUGGCCCAACAGGAUGAAGUCACCAGUGCCCCCCUGCUCACCCAGAUGCAGGAAUCCCUCUAUAGCUACUGGGACUCGGCCAAAGCGGCCGCCCAAGACCUGUACAAGAAGACAUACCUGACCACCAUGGAUGAGAAAAUCAGGGACAUGUACAGCACAAGCACAGCAGCUGUGAGAAUUUACACAGGGAUUUUCACUGACCAGAUAUUUUCUAUGUUGAGUGGAGACUCAUAACAUCUGGGCCCUGACUGUGGGGGAGGGGAGAGCCCAGACCCCACAACCCCUCGGCUCCCGAGACUGACCCCUCACUUCUUUGCAGCUCUCGGCAUCCUGCUCUCAGUGCUCACCUGACUUCUUAUAAAUAAAUU